AUGGUUCGCAAUUAUAUUAGAAAGACCGAUCGGCAACGGUGGAGUUCUGAAACUAUGGAACGAGCUGUAGCUGUAGUAGUAAGUGGCGUAAUGGGUAGCAAGAAAGUUUCAAUUCAAUUCCAGCUUCCACAAACUACAUUGAAAGGAUACGUGAAAAAGCGUAGGACUGACCCAAAUUCUGUGAUUGAUAAAACCGCUGGCAAAUAUCACUGUAUUUUUACUCAAGACCAAGAGGUAGAACUAGUUGUAUAUUUAAAGGAUAUGCAAAAGAGAUUGUUUGGUUUAACAUUAAAAGAACUCAGAAAGCUAGCCUAUCAAUUAGCGGUUAGGAAUGGUUGUGAGCAUCCAUUUAACAAAGAUACAGAAAUGGCGGGAGAAGACUGGGCCCACUCAUUUAUGAGGCGUCAUUCAGAGUUAUGUUCGAGGAAGCCUGAGGCCACUUCUGGAGCACGUGCCAUGGGAUUUAACCCACCAGCAGUCGCGCAGUUCUUUACAUUAUCAAAUAAAAUUAUUAUUGAGAAAAAAAUUACCUGUGAAAGAAUUUAUAAUUGCGAUGAGACUUGCAUUACAGUGAUUCCAAACCAGCAUUCAAGGGUUAUUGCAAAUAGAGGACAACGUCAGGUAGGCGUAUUGACUUCUGCUGAGCGUGGCAAUACAGUAACAGCAGAAAUUUGUUGCUCUGCUGCGGGAAAUUUCAUGCCCCCCCUGUUGAUUUUCCCGCGACAAAAGAAGAGACAAGAAUUUGAAUUGGGCUUGCCACCUGGAGCUUGGAUUGCGGCAAAUGACUCUGGACGGAUGACUAGUGUUUUUCGAAUGGUUCAAGAAGUUUAUUAA